AUGGAAUACUACAGCAAGAGAACUCUUUGCAGCUUCAUAGAUGAAGAGAAGAGAGCAAUACAAUCUCCAACUCAUCUCCCCUUCAAACCCCAUCAACAAAUAUCCGAUCAAGACAUUCACCUCAGCCCUUCACGGCCCUCCACUCCAUCCGCCACCAUGGAUUCAAUAAUACCACCGCCAUGCCCAGACUCUCCAUGGACUCUCUCUCCUCUCCAAACCCCAUCACCCUCCCUCCUCUACCACUGCAUCGCCUCACUCCACCGUCAAGACGGCACCAUCUACUCCAUCACCCUUUCCCGUGGAAUAGUCUUUACUGGGUCGGAGAGCAGCCGGAUUCGUGCUUGGCGGCAGCCGGACUGCGUAGAACGAGGUUGUCUCCGGGCAAGUAUCGGCGACGUCCGAGCCAUUUUAGCUUAUGGAAACAUGCUCUUCUCUUCACAUAGAGACUUCAAAGUCCGAGUGUGGAAUGUCACAGCUUCUGAGAACUUUCGAGCCAAAAAGGUUACAACCCUACCGAGAAAAAGAUCAUUUCUCAUGGCUUCUAGGGCAAAUAGUCAACAACACAAGGCUUGUGUCUCAUGCAUGGCUUAUUACCAUGCAGAAGGGCUUUUGUAUACUGGGUCAUGGGACAAAACAGUGAAGGCAUGGCGGAUUAGUGAUGGCAAAUGUGUAGACUCUUUUCUUGCUCAUGAAGAUAAUGUGAACGCCAUUGUUGUGAAUCAAGAAGAUGGGUGUGUUUUCACUUGCUCCUCUGAUGGGUCAGUGAAGAUUUGGAGGAGAGUCUAUGGACAAAACUCACAUACCCUAACCAUGACCCUAAAGUUUCAACCCUCACCUGUCAACGCCAUGGCUUUGAGCUCAUCACUUAGGUCUUGCUUCCUCUACUCUGGAUCUUCAGACGGGUUUAUAAACUUCUGGGAAAAGGAAAAAAUGUCUGGAAGGUUCAACCACGGCGGUUUUUUACAGGGACAUAGAUUCUCUGUCCUGUGCUUAGUUACAAUAGAAAAGCUGUUAUUCAGUGGGUCAGAGGACACCACCAUUAGGGUUUGGAGGAGAGAGGAAGGAAGCUGUUUUCAUGAGUGUCUUGCUGUGCUUGAUGCCCAUAGAGGGCCAGUGAAGUGUUUGGCUGCUUCGCUGGAGAUAGAGAAAGUGGUGAUGGGGUUUAUUGUGUAUAGUGUUGGGUUGGAUCAGACUUUUAAGGUUUGGAGAGUUAAGGUUUUGCCUGAUGAGAAGAGUUUGUGUUUGGAUGGUACGAAUUGCAGAGAUUCAAAGAUGAAGAUUAUGGAGUAUGAGAUGAGUCCUGUGUUGUCUCCUUCAUGGGUGGAGAAGAAGCUUCAGGGUAAUCACCCUUUUCAUUAG